GGGUGGGGAUAUCGAUGAGCACAGGAGACUGAAGUUUCUCCAAGCAGUGCAACAUGAUACAGUUGAGGAUGUGAUGACUCAUUGUAGCCAUACGGCGUCCAUAGACAUUCUCCUACAUGCGAUAGAUCUGGAGUGUGUAAGUGUGUUGCGGGAGUUGCUUCAGGCGCCCCAGUUUCUGGACGUGAUCCAGGGCACUAGUAAGAGUGGCUACUUCCCCCCUGACAUGACACCCCUGAUGUUGGCAGCACACCACAACAACUACCAGAUGAUCAGUCUUCUCUUCAAACACGGCGCCACACACAUACAGAGACCAGAACAACACGACCACAAUGACCCCCUGAGUGCUCAUGCGACCUUGAAUGUGUUCAAGGCGAUCUCCGCCCCCAUGUACCUGUUGAGUGUGGAGCCCUGCAACCCUAUUCACGCCAGUCUGGCUCUCAGCCAGGAGCUGGACCAGUGGAGUAUGUGGGAGUACGAGUUCUUCGAGGACUAUCACCAGAUGAGCUGUGUCAUGGAGCAGUUUGCGGUGGAGCUGCUCAAGCUGACACACCCAGAAGAGCUGGCCACCCUUCUGGUCCAAGGACCCACUGGCAAGUACCUCGAGACACUCCAGUACUCCGUGGACCUGGAACGUAAGAAUUUCGUGGCGAGUGCAAAUGUGCAGCUAGUGCUUUCCCCCAUCUGGUACGGGAAGAGUGCCCCCCUGAUCAACAAGUGGAGGAAAACAAACUUCCUCACCCGUGCCUGUCUGCUGCCUCUUCUAUUUCUAGUGGCCUUACUCGAGCUCCCUCUCUUCGCUUUACUGUACAUCACAAUUCCCAAUGUAACAUUGUGUCACGACUUCAAGGUAAAAGAUCUAGUGCAGAUCCCCCUGGUCAAAUUUGUCAACCACAUGGCCAGUCAAUUCACCUUCCUCAUGCUGCUAAUCACAGCUGCAGCCACCAGUGAGGAGAGGGCAUUCAACAGGCAGGAAGUGGGCGGGGCAGGGGGAGUGGGCGGCACCGGUGGGGGGAGGGGUGGGAACGCCAAUCAGGAGUUGACUCUGGUGCUUCCGUCGCUAACUGAGUGGCUCAUUUGUAUGUGGGUCAUCGGCAUGGUGUGGAAUGAGUUGAAGCAGGUGCAGGAGGGGGUGGGUGCGUACUUUGAUGACCCCUGGAACCGGAUAGACGCCACCAUGAUCAUACUCUACUUCUCCACAGUCGCUUUCCGAUUCUCAUCACACGUCAUUAGUGGCAUCCAUUCAGUCGUGGACGUCGACUCCGACCUGGUCAAUGGGACCAACAUCACCACAAAUAUCAACAACAACAUACACACUCCCCUCAAUACCUCCCUUGUAACUCAGGUGGGACGAACUUCUGGUGACCCAGACCCCUCAGCAGAAGAAGGUGCCUCGUCUUCGUUCCAGUAUUGCGACCUAGUGUUUCUGUCUGAAGGAGUGUUCGCAGUAGCCAACAUCUUCAGCUUCAUGCGACUAGUGACUCUAGCUACGCUAUCCCAGCAGAUAGGCCCUAUGCAGAUAUCUCUGUUCCGGAUGGUGAAAGACGUUGUCAAGUUCAUGUUCAUCUUCUGCCUGGUUCUUCUGUCCUUCGCCUGUGGACUGCACCAGCUGAACUGGUUCUUCAAGACAGAGUGUCUGGACGGACUCUCUCUCCCCACUGGGGAAUGUAACGACCAGUCUGACAAAAAGGCAUUCAACACACUGUUCAGUGCAAUGCGGACCCUGUUCUGGGCGCUGUUCAACCUGUCCCCUCCCCCCAACAACAUAGAGCCAUCAGUGUCCUUCCAGACAGCCUCCACCCCCAUCAUCAUGUCCAUAGUGGAGUGCAUGUAUGCCUCCUAUUACGUCACUGCUGUCAUAGUCCUCCUCAGAAUGCUGGUGGCCAUGAUGACCACUAGCUACAGGGACAUAGAGAGUCGCGCAGACAUAGAGUGGAAAUAUGCCCGCAGUAGACUAUGGAUGACGUAUAUAGAAGACGGCAGCACCCUGCCCCCUCCCCUCAACCUGCUGCCCAGUGUGAAAUGGGGAGUGAGGGUAGUGAGGGGAUUAAUCACCGGGGGUCUGUUCAGGGGGGACCAGUACUGGAAGCCCCCCGAGGAGACGGAGGAGGCAGACAGGAGAGCCCAGAUCACAUAUCAGACGCUGGUGCAGAAGCUGUUCGACCGCUACAUGAUGGAGAAGGCCAGGACGAACAUGUACAGUCCCCGGGAGAGUGAAGAGAUGAGCAUCUCCAUCAACAGACUCUACGUGGAGAACAGACGCCUACUCAACCUCAUACAACGACUCACCAAGGACUCGGAGGAGCAAGCCAAAUCAUGGUACGCAGACUACAACAUCCGCAACCAACACCUCAUGUUCCAGCCAUCAGGAGAACCCCUUCAGAAUCAGAACCCCCACCCCCUCAACCCACCCCACCCCCACUCCCACACUGCCAAUGGGGGCAAUCAACAGCAGGGAAAAAGGGUGCAGGGAGGGGCUAGGGGAGGGGACAUUGUUGACAAUUAUGUGCAUCUCAACAGUGUCAAUAGACUGCACAAUGGAUUCAUGCAUCAGACAAUGACACUUGCGAAUCAGGUGUCGGCUCUUACUAGCGUUGGAGGGUUAAGAGUGAACAACAUGGAUUUCAACACCGCUGCAGACGAUACAAGUUCAACAAAUAGUCCCGUUAGGCAGAAAUAUUGUCCGAGUGAUUCUAGCGAAGAGGAAGUUUUGCCCGAGGGCAAUUCUGGCGGAGGCGGAGCUGAUAAAUUAGGAGUUGCUGCGGCGGGGUUGGACGAAGACCGGCAAAGCUUGGAGGGUGGGGGUCAACAAUUUAUGACUGUAGCAGAAGUCACAGAGCCCGAGCAGGAAAUUCCUCUUAGUCCAGAAUCACGUCAGAUGUUUCCAGCUGUGAACAUAUCUGCUACCUCUACGAGUGUUACACCAAGGAACCCAAGGGAACACCAAGGAAUCCAGGAACCACAGAACAUAGCCAGUCAAGAUGAUAGGAAUAUGGAAAUUUUGAGGCAUAUUUUAAUUCCUGAACAACGAAUCAGUCCCCCUUCUCAUUUAAACGACCUAGACAAAUUGCGUCAACAUGCACGAGUACCAAGAGCAAAGAAACAUCACGAAACUAAAUCAGAACAAGAACCAAGUCACGUGACUAAAAACGAAGUCGGUGUUGACGAAAAUGUAAAACCGUUUGUAAACGUAUACGAGAAUGUUGUUCCUCGAUCUGCAGAAUUAAGAACUGAAUUGGAGAGGAGAUUAGAGCCCAGAGGCAAAAAAGGCGGCAAGCUGAGAAAAAGCAGUAACAACCCGCAUCACAAUGACGAAACAUGCGUAUGAUUCAAAAAUGAGAUCACAAACUGCGUGAAUUUAUUCGUCAUUACGUUUACGUUUACGUUUGCCUUAUUAAGUCGAUUAACAGAGACUAAAAAGGGCGAAUAAAGUGAACAAAAUCGAAAAAAGUUUGUCCAACUUUCACCACCCUGAAACGAACAGAACGGUAGGGACUCCUCAAACGUCCACUGGAUCCCGAACUCUCUGUGUAUCAAAUCCUUGGUUCGACCAGAUCCUUGGUUCGACCAAAUUAUCCAGCCAGCGUUGAGCUACAAAUGGCGACGCUUUUUGAUUUGGUGGACCAAACCAAACAUUAGCAGUAAUUUGAAACUAGCUUUGAUUUUAUAUCACUUUUUCAACAUUCAUAAAUAUGAUUACUUUAUUUGCCUUUCACUUGAACCUUUGAUUUGGUAUUUGGGAUCUGAGUUUUAACUUCUUCAAGCUUAGCAGCAAAUUAACCAAGAUUAAAUUAUCGUAAUAUUUUUUCAGGCGAAUGUCAACAAGCAACCAUUCUUUAGUUUUU